CUAUUUUUCCUUUUGACCCAAAUCUAUAUUUUAAUUUAUUUUAUUUCUAUCGGGGAGAUUGUAACAAGGAAACCGCCGUCGCCGGAUCUGGUAGUGUGCGUAUCCGUGAAGUAGCCGAAGAAUUACUUUCCGAUCUUAGAAAGGAGCUUCUGUACAUAAGAGUUGGCCUCGAUUUUUAUCAGAAGGGUCUGUUUACUUUUUUGUUUUUUCUUUUGUGUGGUGGUUUUGCGUUUUCUCCUUGGACGGUUUCUGGAUUGGGAUUUCAAACCAUGAGGAAGAAGCUCGAUACUCGGUUCCCAGCUGCUCGUAUUAAAAAGAUUAUGCAAGCUGAUGAAGAUGUUGGCAAGAUAGCUUUGGCAGUGCCUGUCUUAGUUUCGAAAUCUUUGGAAUUGUUCUUGCAAGACCUUUGCGAUCGUACAUAUGAGAUUACCCUCGAAAGAGGAGCCAAGACCGUGAGCUCACUGCACCUAAAACAUUGUGUGGAAAGAUAUAACGUGUUUGAUUUUCUGAGGGAAGUUGUGAGUAAGGUGCCUGACUAUGGCCAUGCGCAAGGGCAAGGCCAUGGGCAAGGUGAUGUUACAAUGGAUGAUCGCAGCAUCUCCAAGAGAAGGAAGCCGAUCAGUGACGAAGUGAAUGACAGCGACGAGGAAUAUAAGAAAAGCAAAACGCAAGAGGUUGGUAAUGCUAAGCCCAGUGGCAGGGGUGGUAGAGGGAGAGGACGAGGAAGAGGUCGUGGUGGACGAGCUGCCAGAGCGCUCGAACGAGAGAAUCUGAAUCGUGAGAUGGAACUUGGGACCAACAUGGCGGAACAGCCACCUCCUCAAGACAGUAUCCAGAUGCAUGUGUCAGAGUCAUCACCCCAAGAGAAUGAGAAGAAGGAUGUCGAUGGUGGCAUUGCAGCAUCAAACGAAGACACCAAGCAACAACUUCAAUGUCCAAAAGAAGGCAUUGACUUUGACCUCAAUGCUGAAACUCUCGACCUAAAUGAGACCAAACUGGCACCAGUCGGAGGCACAGAGACUGCCACAGCGACGGCCUCAGAGGAAUAUCCGGGCUGGCCUAUGAUGGAGUUGGGCAAAAUAGAUCCAGCACAGCUUGCAAGUUUGGGUAAGAGGAUAGACGAGGACGAUGAAGAUUAUGACGAAGAAGGCUAAGGCAAAGCAGAACAAUAGGACAUAAAUAGAGUAGCAGCAUUUAGCGGUUUGUCUAGAAAAUGCUUCUUCUGUCAUCAAAAUCUUUUUCAUGUUUCCAUUUAUUGUAUGAAUCAAAAGAUUGUACGCCCUUUAAAAACUUAUUUUAUUUCUCCUGAUAUGUUAUUUAAGGGUUCAUA